UGUAACAACCAAGUAUGUCCUUUCCUUUUAUGAGAGUAUGGGAAGUUGGGACAAAAAGAAAACUUUUAACUGUUUGGAUUUGGUUAUGGUUCAAUUUUACAGGAAGUUUCUGGAAAGUUUUUUUUUUUGGGAUAAUUGGUGGAUGAGGAUUUACAAAAAAGUUGUUGGAGUUUGUUGUAACUUCUUAUAGUAACUCAUUCCAACUAGUUUAGAAUUGUGGAGCUUCUUGUUGUAGUACAAGCAGCUAUAGCCAUUAACUAAUGAAAUCUCCUCUGGAUUUGUAAUAUAUAAUUCUUAAUAUGUUCAAAUUUUGCUUGCAUUCUUCAUUGAAAUCCAAAGUAUCCAUUUUCAAGAGUCAUUGGUGUAGCCAAGUUGAUGCCAUUUGUGACCAGAGGUCACGGGUUCAAGCCGUGGAAACUGCCCCUUUGCAGAAAUGUAAGCCUUGGGAAUAUUUGUCUUCUCCGGCAUAGUUCUGCUGCCUGUACUUCUGCCAGUUGCUGCAACCGCUCAUAAUAUAAAGGCAGUCAAUACCACCAGCAAAGGAACUUUCAAUGAACUUGAUAAGUUAUCUAUGGGGCAAGUUGGGAAUUCAGGUCCGCAGUUGUGGGCGUUUGUAGUUGCCACAUAUUGGGUUUCCAUUGUUGCUUACUUCUUUCUGUGGAGAGCGUACAAGCAUGUUACAGAAUUGAGAGCCAAAGCUCUUAUGUCACCAGAAGUCAGAGCCGAUCAAUUUACGAUUCUUGUCAGGGAUAUUCCUUCUGUCUCUGAGGGUCAAAGUAAAAAGGAGCAGGUGGAUUCAUUCUUUAGAGCAAUCUACCCUGAAACAUUUUAUCGAUCAAUGGUGGUGACGAACAAUAAGAAGGUGAACAAAAUUUAUGAAGAGUUAGAAGGGUAUAAAAAGAAGCUUGAACGUGCUGAAGCUAUCUAUGCGGAGUCAGAGAAAACAAAUCCUGAUGCACUAAAACUGUCACAUAAAACUGGUUUCCUUGGUAUUAUCGGUGAAAAGGUGGAUUCAAUUGAAUUCUAUAAUGAUAAGAUUAAGGAGUUGAGCCAACAGCUAGAAGCCGAGCAAAAGGUGACCCUCAAAGAGAAACAUCAAUCUUCUGCUCUGGUCUUUUUCAACAGCAGGGUGGCUGCAGCUUCAGCAUCACAGAAUUUACAUGCCCCAGUAGUUGAUACAUGGACUGUCAUGGAUGCUCCAGAACCCCGACAAUUGAUGUGGACUAAUCUUUCGAAAAAGUUUUAUGAGAGAAUAAUCCGCCAGUAUGUUGUGUAUGUUAUUGUGUUUCUGACCAUAUUAUUUUACAUGAUUCCAAUAGGAUUCAUUUCUGCAUUGACAACUCUAGACAAUUUGGUGAAGCUUCUCCCGUUUUUGAAACCGGUUGUUAAUCUGAAGGCAAUCAAGACAGUGCUAGAAGCAUAUUUGCCUCAACUUGCACUCAUCAUAUUUUUGGCUUUGUUGCCAAAGUUUCUUCUGUUUCUAUCCAAAGCAGAGGGCACCCCAUCAGAAAGCCAUGUGGUAAGAGCUGCUUCAGGGAAAUAUUUUUAUUUCACAGUGCUGAAUGUAUUUAUUGGUGUUACUCUUGGUGGAACUCUAUUCACUUCCUUCAAGAGCAUCGAGAAUGAUCCCAACUCUAUUUUUCGCGUGUUGGCGAAAAGCCUUCCACAGAAUGCAACUUUCUUCUUGACUUUUGUGGCUUUGAAGUUCUUUGUCGGCUAUGGGCUGGAGCUAUCUAGAAUAGUUCCUCUAAUCAUAUUCCAUCUCAAGAAGAAGUAUUUGUGCAAAACUGAAGCUGAGAUAAAGGAGGCUUGGGCUCCUGGUGAUCUAGGCUAUGCAACCCGAUUUCCUAGUGAUAUGCUGAUUAUGACAAUUGUCCUAUGCUAUUCCGUCAUAGCACCAAUAAUUAUUCCGUUUGGUGUAGUAUACUUCGGUCUAGGGUGGCUUCUUCUCCGCAAUCAGGCACUCAAAGUCUAUGUUCCCUCAUUUGAGAGCUAAGGAAGAAUGUGGCCCCAUAUUCAUACGCGCAUGUUAGCUACCUUGAUUUUGUUUCAAGCUACCAUGUUAGGUUACUUCGGUGUUAAAGAGUUCAAACCUACUCCAGUUCUUUUUCCACUUCCAAUAUUCUCGUUGAUCUUCGGGUUCAUUUGUCAGAAGAAAUUCCGCCGUUUCUUUAUAUCUCCAGCCCUCGAGGUUGUUUCGCACGAACUAAAGGAAGUCCCCAACAUGGAAGCUGUGUUCAGAUCUUUCAUUCCACCAUGCUUGAGCGCGGGCAAAACCGAUGAGCAUCAAUUUGAGGACGCGUUAUCUCAUGUGUCAAAACCAGGGUCUUCUUCAGUAUGAUAUGAACAUUUGCAAGGAUCUUACCACUGUGUUCUAUUUUGUUGUAGAUUUGGGUUACUUGCAUUGGAUAGUUUGGUUAAUGUUGAUAGUUUGCACCUAGGAUUUUAGGUAGUCUUGCUGUGUUGAAUACUUCAGCUUGGAUAGUUGCUUUGUGUUCAUAGUUUGUUUGGGAUCUUAAUUUUGAAACGAAUUUCUGUUUAGAAAGUUAGAUUGUGUUUUUCUGUCA